UAGUAUAAAAUAACCGAUAAUAUCCAAUUUCGUUUUCAUUCGUAAACUCGGAAUUUAUUUUUCUUAGCACCUAAAUAAAUAAUAUUUUAUAUCACAAUAUAAGAGCAUUUUCCAAAAGAGACUAAAAAACUUCGACAGUCUUAAUAAUUUCAAAAUGUGCCUGCUAUCUGUGCUACUUAUAAUUUAUUUUGCUGCACAAUGUGAGACUUCAUUGCGUAUAUACGGAGGCAGAGAUGCUGCUAGAGAUGAAUUUCCUUAUGUAGUUCGAAUAGAGCAGUAUACAACUCUUUUUUUAAAUGGAAAGACAGUGAGAACAAUGAGGAUAUGUACAGGUGCCGCCCUCACUCCAUCUUGGAUUCUGUCUGCGGCACACUGCGUCGAUACAGAUGCCUUUAACAAUAAAAAUAAAACCCUGGUUGCAAGAUAUGGCAGCUAUUUUCCAAAAUAUCCAGGAAAAACAAGUACUAUUUUCGAUGCCAAAAUACAUCCUACAUUUCAAUCUCUCAAUUUAUUUGAUCCUAGUAUUAAACAUGCAGCCAGGAAUGAUCUAUGCUUACUUCGCAGCGAAGGUAUCGUAGUAAAUCAUUACGGAAAGUUAAGUCCAGUUGACAGUAGAUCCCUGAUUGGCCAUGAAGCUUAUAGUCUCGGAUUUGGAAUAACGAAUGCUUCGGACUAUCAAAAGCCUCUGCAAGUACUUACAGGAAUGUUGUAUGACUGUAAAGCUGAGUAUGACAUUUAUAUUUAUAUGUUAUGUUUGAUGCCACAGUGUGGCAUACAAACCAUAAUUUGCGGAGGCGAUUCAGGUGGUCCCGUUGUCCAUCCUUCAGGGAUAGUGGGUGUUAACGUAAUUGCUCGUGGACAUUGUGACGAGAAUGUUCCGACCGGUACUGAAGCCUCUAUUUUAUCAACGAUCAGCGGAAGUUUUGAUUGGAUAUCCAAUAUUAUUGCAAAUAAAAAUUCGAAUUGAA